AUGACGGGGAGUGGGGCUCUGAUGGAGCCGAGCUUGGACAUGGACAGGCUGAGCUACGAGAUAUUCUCCAUCUUGGAGUCCAAGUUCCUCUUCGGGUACGACGAUGGCGGCGGCGACGGCGGCGGCGGCAAAGUCCUCCCCCGCCCUUCAGCCGCCGCCGCCGCCGCAUCGCCGGCCCGCGCCGCCGGGAGGGUCAGAGUCCUCUCCAUCGACACCGGCGGUGGCACCGACGGCCUGCUGGCCGCCGCCUCCCUCGCCCGCCUCGAGUCAACGCUGAAGAAGCUCUCUGGCGACCUGUCGGCCCACAUUGCCGACUUCUUCGACGUGGCGGCCGGCGCCGGCGCCGGGGGCCUCCUGGCGGCGUUGCUCUUCACCUGCGGGCCCGGCGGCCGCCCCCUCUUCUCCGCCGCUGAGGCCCUCGACUUCCUCGCCGCCAACCGCCACCGCCUCCUCCGUUCCCGGAGGCCGAUCCUCUCCAGAAUCUUCCCAAAUAGGAAGGGGGCUGUCAGAUCCUCGGACAAGCUCCUGCGCCAGGUCUUCGGGGAGUCAACGCUGCGGGACACGCUGAAGCCGCUGCUGGUCCCGUGCUUCGACAUGGCGACGGCGGCGCCCUUCCUCUUCUCUCGCGCCGACGCCGUCGAGAGCGACGGCUACAAUUUCCUCAUGCGUCAAAUCUGCGCCGCCACGGUCGGCAACGCCGAAAUGCGGUCCGUCAACGGGAAGACCGCGAUCGCCGCCCUAGAUGGCGGCCUGGCGGCGGGUAAUCCAGCCGCUGCCGCCAUCACCCACGUGCUCAAUAACCGGAAGGAGUUCUUCGCCGCCAGAAUGGAGAAUCUUCUUGUGGUCUCCCUCGGGAACGGAGAGUCGGCGGCGCCGCCGUCGCGGUCGGAGGUCGCCAGGAUCGCCGGAGAAAGCGCGUCGGAUAUGGUCACCUCUUCCCCUUUUCUUCGCCCUUCAUGUCUCAUAGAAUUUCAGAUCUGCCCCUUCUCUCUCUCUUUCUUUCUCCAUCGGACGGCUCUGACGAAGGCCGAUCUCAUCAUACAGGUAGAUCAAGCGGUGUCCCUGGCGUUCGGGCAAGCCAGGUCAACGAGCUAUAUCAGAGUCCAGGUGGGUAAUGGGAAUUAUAUCACUCUUCUGACCUCGUGUGUAUUUAAUUUAUGUAAAUGCCGCCAUCUGCCUCGUCUUAUCCAGGCCACCGUGGCGGCGCCCGGGAAGUUCGAGUCAUCCGACGGCAGCGAGGUCCUGGCGGCGGCGGCGGCGCUGCUGGAGCAGAAGAACGUGGAGUCGGUUCUCUUUGAAGGGAGGAGGGUGUCUGAGAAGACCAACGCGGAGAAGUUGGAGUGGGCAGCGGCGGAGCUGGUGAGAGAGCACGAGGCCCGGAAGAGGUGCCCCAUUCCCGUCGUCCUCUUGAAGCAGGGAAGCCCACGCAGCUCCUCCUGCUCCCUGUUGACCUCCUCCUCCUCCACUUCCCCGAGGUCAAACCACGCCGACCUAGAUCACCGCCACCUCCAUCAGAGUCAUCAGAGUUCUUGUAGAGAGAGAGAGAGGUGUGCUUUAAGGAACUGUCAGUGA